AUGCUUCCCAUCAAGAUAUACUGGCGGAACCAAGUUCCCAACCCCGCCAAGGUACUUAUUAUUCUAGAGGAACUCCAUCUUCCCUAUGAAUCGGAGUGGGUAGAGCUCGACGCCCUCAAGAAACCCCCAUUCACAGACGUGAACCCCAACGGCCGCGUGCCCGCCAUCACCGACCCGAACACGGGGAUCACCCUGUGGGAAUCGGCGGCGAUUGUGCAGUACCUGAUCGAGGAAUAUGAUACGCAGCAUUCUAUCUCGUAUGCGGGGGCGCCGGAGAAAUUCCACGAGCUGCAGUGGUUAUUUUUCCAGGCGUCGGGACAGGGGCCGUAUUUCGGACAGGCUGCUUGGUUCAACAUCUUCCAUGCGCAAGUAUACGGAGAAUCACCCGAAAGCGCCAAGAUCCGUUACGGCGCCGAGUUGAAGCGCGUGGCAGGCGUGCUGGAUCAAGUGUUGAGCACGCGGACCUGGCUUGUUGGCGAUAAAUGCACGUACGCCGAUCUCGCCUUUGUUCCUUGGAACUUGCAGAUCCCCUUUGUCAUGUCCAGUCGGGAGGGGGAGCAUGCCUGGGACGCGGAGCAGUUUCCUCAUUUCACACGCUGGCAGACUGCGAUGCUCGACCGGGAGGCGGUUCAGAAGGUCGUUUCUUUGAUUGGGGAGAAGCAUGUCAAGUCGGCAUAA